AUGGCUUUGCAGAGUGAAGAACAAUAUGUUGAGUCACUCUCCAUGGGACAAAAACUAAUUGUGAAGAAUUUUAUUUGGUCGAAAGAAGAAUGGCCAGCCAUAAACCACGAAGACUUUGCAGAUACAGAUGACAUCCCUGUCAUAAGUCUCCAAGGUAUUUUGGAUGGGAGGAAAAACCCAGACUACGAGAAGGUGUGCCGAGUGAUGGUGAGUGCUUGUGAGAAGUGGGGGUUCUUCAAGUUAGUGGAUCAUGGGGUUGCUUUGGAGAUCAUAGAGAAUUUCAUAGGGAGUUUAAAUGGGCUGUUUGACCUUCCAAUGGAGAAGAAAGUGAAGGGUGUCAGAUCAGCUACUUUACCACUGGGUUACUGUGCCACAAACCCUGAUUAUGAAAAAAAUUUACCUUGGGCAGAGAUCUUACAGUUACUUCAGUCCCCUCAACAGGUAGUUGCAUUUGCAACUAAAGUUUUUGGUGAUCAACACCAGCAAUUUAGCAAUGCAAUGAUUGGUUACUUGAAUGCACUGGACAAUUUGGGAAUGACAAUUUUGGAGAUGUUAGCUCAUGGACUGGGCCUUCCAGACAACUUUUUCACAAAGAACUUUGAGGAAAAAGAGGCUACCAUGAUCAGGGUCAACAGAUAUCCUCCUUGUCCCCUCCCUGAAAAAUGUCUUGGGCUUGGGAGCCAUUCAGACCCACAUACAUUAACCAUAUUGUUACAAGAUGAUGUUGGCGGCCUGCAAGUUCUGACAAGUGACGACAAAUGGAUUGGAAUCCGUCCUGUUCAAAAUUCUUUCAUCAUCAACAUCGGUGAUACCCUUGAAGCUUGGACUAAUGGGAAGCUGAGGAGUGUAGUGCAUAGAGCAGUGGUUAACAAGGAGAAGAAUAGGCUAUCAGCAGCAUAUUUCAUGAGCCCCCGUAAUUCUGCCCUCAUUGACUGCCCUCUUGAGCUCAUGGAUGCAAAAACCAACCCUAGAAAGUAUGUGCCCUUUACUUGGGGAAAUUUCCGAAAGCAACUUUUGGUUCAAAAGAGGGUUGUUGGUAAAACUGCCCUAGAAAGAUACCUAAUAUCCAAAUGA